GGUGGCUGCACAGUAACAAUGAAUAAGGUCAAACAUGGUGAAUAAAGGAAUGCAGGUACUGUUUACAGUAUAUCAAGUUACAAUUGCAAUUAUACACACUAGCAUUUACCACCCUAUUUUUUGGGCUAACUGUUGCAAAUCAAGGAAACACUUUUACUAGAAGUGAUGUCUAAUCUCUCAGUCAAAGAUUUGAAGACAGAAACAGGAGUAACAGACUAUCAAUUGAAACAAAAAUGUCAGGACGAACACUUAAGAAAAAUUUCACUAUAUGUCGGAGGAAAACGCCAUAAUCGCCAUGAUUUGGUCACUAAAUUUGGCUUGCUCCCUGCUCUCAUAACUGGGAUUCAAAAUGAUCCCUCAUUGUCGUUUGCCCAACAAACACAGAAAAUGUUCACGUGUUGGAGAGAUAAUAACAUGAAUGCUACUUACUUGGAGUUUGUGCAAGUUUGCCUUGAGCUUGGCAAUGGGGACCUGGCAAGUAAAAUAGGGUGUCAAAGAUCUACCAUUUCCUGAAGCGACAACACCAGGUACCGAAGUCAAAGAGAUUCCACCAGCAAGCACUCUGCCAAAGACAGAGGGGAUGCAGAUGUUUUGCACCACUGACGAUGAAAAACUGGAGCAGGUUGACCCAGCUGAUGCCUCCAACAUCCCAACAGAUGCUCAGGGUGGCUUGUUGUGGGAUGUGAAGCAAGUUCCAGAGCUGAAAGUUCAUUUUUUGAACCCUGAAAUUCUCACGAAAAAUAAUUGGACAUGUGGGCAUAGCCAUGAUCAACUGACAGCCAACAAUGUGCUUGACUGGGCCACUAUCUGGAAUAACCGUGCUGAAAGCUACCCACUGAUUGCUGAUGAGCUAGCAACAAAAGAAAACGCUCAUAUCCGUGUGGAAUUUACCAGUGACAAGAAAGUGAUAUCAUGGUCAAAGGUUGGAACCGCAGCCACCUGGCAAACUGACAAGAAGAAACCAACGAUGGUGCUGAACUUGUAUGGCAUGGCAAAAGCUGAACAGAGAAGCAUGGUGACUCAUGAGUUUGGCCAUGUUCUGGGACUGGAUCACGAGCAUCAGCGAUCCGAUUUCUGGGAUGUGCUGGAAUCAAAAGAUGAGGAGGAAGGAUAUCGAUUUAUUAUUGGGAAAAGGCAAAUGAAGAGUGGAGAUGGUGGGCGUUGCCAGCGAGCUUGUGAUGCAGUGUUCAGAGCUAAGCUGAAGGAGCCAUCCGAAAGAAAAGAAUCCUGUUACGAUUCUGACAGUAUUAUGCACUAUUGGUUUGACAAAAACUGGUUGUUGCCGGAGUAUCAGGAAAGUGCAAAUGUGGCUAAGGUUAGGAACGAGCGGGAGAGGAAGGUGCUAUUGGGAGUUCAUAAACGUGACUACCACAAUGGGAAUCUGGCAGAAAAACCAUCCAAGCUGGACUAUGAGACAUUAAAUAGGGCAUAUGAAAUACCAAGUGGGCUACCUCCACCAGAUGCUGCUACUGCUCCUCCAACCACUUCCCAGAAAGAGGAAAUACCGAUGUUUUGUACCACUGACGAUGAGAAAUUGGAGCAGGUUGACCCCGCUGAUGCCUCCAACAUCCCAACAGAUGCUCAAGGUGGGGUAGCACGACGCCACUUGCUAUGGGAUGUGGAGCAAGUUCCAGAGCUGAAGAUACAUUUCUUGAAUGACGAAAUUCUUGAGGACGAGCACUGGAAAUGUGGGCAUGCGGGUCCCUUAACAGUCGACACUAUCCUGGCUUGGGCUGCUGUCUGGAAUAGCCAUGCUGACAACUACCCACAGAUUGCUGAGGGACUAGCAACAGAGGAAAAAGCCCAUAUCCGUGUGGAAUUUCGAAGUACAUGGAAAGGGAUCUCGUGGUCAAAGGUUGGAACCGCAGCCACCUGGCAAACUGACAAGAAGAAACCAACGAUGGUGCUCAACUUGUAUGGCAUGGCAAAAGCUGACCAGAGAAGCAUGGUGAUUCAUGAGUUUGGCCAUGCUCUAGGACUGGAUCAUGAGCAUCAGCGAUCUGAUUUUUGGGAUGUGCUGGAAUCAAAAGAUGAGGAAGAAGACUAUCGAUUUAUUAUUGGGAAAAGGCGAAUGAGGAGUGGAGAUGAUGGGCGUUGCCAGCGAGCUUGUGAUGCAGUGUUCAGAGCUAAGCUGAAGGAGCCAUCCGGAAGAAAAGAAUCCUGUUACGAUUCUGACAGUAUUAUGCACUAUUGGCCUAGCCGCGGCUUAUAGAUCUCUUUCACUAAGUGUUCCACUAUCUCCCUGCAUGGUGAUACAUUCUUGUAUUACCUGAGCCCGGCUGAUUGUAUCAGUUGCGAUAUUCUCCGGUUGUCUUCAAGGAAAGCUCCUCUCUCUAGUAUUUUGAAUUUUGAUGUUAAGCUUCAUAUCAAAUAAAAGCGAGCAGAAGCUAAAAAGCUCGAACCAGCACGUAUACAGGCGGCUUUGUCUCGAGACUGUAGACUCACUAAACUCAAAUGAACGCCGAGGGUUUGCACUUCAGUUGUAUACAUGGUUUCACAGUAAAAGGAUCUGGUGCAGUGUAGUGAAAAUCGAUGUUCACUAUACAUGCAUGCAUGGUUUAAAUUGCAACUUGAGUGGAUGGUGUAAAU